AUGAUUUUUCAAAUUAUCAAGUACUCGAUUAUCGCCAUCUUCACUUAUAUAGUAUACACCAUAUUGGAGAUUGUAAUCCCGCCAUUCAAUUUCCCAAGGAAUAUCCCCACUAUCCCCUUUUAUGUUUCAUUUCUUGGUGCAUACACCAACUUGGAUCAAAAGCAAAUUUACAAUAUUUAUCUUCGUGAAAAAUUAGAGAAAUAUGGUGCUGUGAAAAUUUAUUUUGCUUCUAGAUGGAAUAUUCUAGUUUCAAAGCCAGAGUAUUUGAUUACAAUUUUUAAAAAUGAAGAUGUUUAUGCUAAAAGUGGUAAUCAUAUUAAGAUUCCAGGAACGGUGUUGGCAAACUAUACAGGAGACAAUAUUAUCAGUGCUCAUGGUGAGCUUUGGAGAUUGUAUCGAGAAGUUGUGGCUCAAAGUAUUCAAUUUCCUGAUUUUGAACCUAUUUAUGAAAAUACAAAAUCGUUACUUGAAAUGAUAAAUCACGCCACCAAGGAGAGUAACACUAUUGCAGUUACUGAUAUUGUUCAAAGAUAUUCGUUACAAAAUGCUGGUAGAUCGAUAAUUGGGGUUGAUUUCAAAGCACUCGGAAAAUCUCCUUCAACUAUGCAUCAAAAAAUAAAGUAUGUCAAACUGCAAAUUUUUGACCCAUUUUACUUGAACUUUCCUUAUUUUGAUAAGUUCCCUAUUCCUAGUAGAUUAAAAGCUAAAAGGGAAGUUGACACUUUCAGAGGAUGGUUUGGACAAAAUUUAAUUGAUGAGCAUAGCAAGGAACUCACAAAUAGUGGUGCCACAAAGUUGGUUGACGCCUUCUUUGCAGAAAAAUUAACUGAACAACAAUAUUUGGAUAAUGCAAUAAUUUUGAUGGUUGCUGGGCAUGAAAACCCCUUACUUUUGAUGCUUUCAUUAUUGUACGUUGUUUCAAAGCACGGCGAUGUGCAAGAAAAUUUACGAAGCCAUGCUGCCAAUGAAAAUGAGGCUUUCCUUCAGUCGGUAAUAUAUGAGACUUUGAGAAUGUUUCCCCCUUUAGGACAGAUAAUCAAUCGUUGCACUACUAGAACAACUGUCUUGGGCAAAGAUAUAGUUAUUCCAAAGGGUACUUAUGUCGGUUACAAUAACCUUGCAACCGGAAGAGAUAGAAACAUUUGGGGUCCAGAUGCAGAUGAAUUCAAACCGGAAAGAUGGGGUUCCACUAUAGAUGAAAUUAAUUUGAAUUAUUCAAAAGCCAAGAGAUCUGCAAGACUCCCUGCUUUUCACGGCAGAAAGAGAGCAUGUUUGGGUGAGAAGUUUGCGCUAUUUGAAGUUAAGGAGUUUAUUUUGAAUAUUAUUAAAACUUAUAAGGUUUCUUUGGAUGAAACUUGGAAUGAAAAAGUGACUCCUGCUGGUCCUAUUUCUCCAAUGGGUUUACGAGUCAAGUUUGAAAAGCUCUAA